CCUUUUUCUUCUUUGUAUGCAGUGAUUACCAACAUCCGCUCUCGCGGGUUCCAGAGACGGUCAAGGGGUCUUCUGUGUUUUGUUCAGCUUGAAACCCGCUUUGUUCUUCAGCACCUCCGAAAGAACAGAUAUGGCCGAGGAUGCUCCUGUUGAACUGAAAGAUGAUGUGCCAGAACUUGCCCCAUUUGACCCAACAAAGAAGAAAAAGAAGAAGAAGGUUGUAGUUCAGGACCCUGCAGAUGAAUCUGUUGAUAAGUUAGCUGAAAAAACAGAGAAUUUAUCAGAUUCUUCAAGUGCAGUUUCUGAUGGAGUGGAAAACACUUUUGCUGGUUUGAAAAAGAAGAAAAAGAAACUGGUGGAGACUGAUUUCCUUAGUGAGGAGAAUGGUGAAGAGAAUUUGGAUGGCCAUGUAGCAGAAGAUGAAGAAGGGGAGGGGAUUGUGCUAAAGCAAUAUCCCUGGGAAGGAACCGAUCGAGACUAUGAAUAUGAAGAGCUUCUGGGGAGAGUUUUCAAUAUUCUGAGAGAAAAUAAUCCAGAACUUGCAGGAGAUAGGCGUAGGACAGUGAUGAGGCCGCCACAAGUCCUACGGGAAGGCACAAAAAAGACAGUCUUUGUGAACUUUAUGGAUUUAUGCAAGACGAUGCAUAGGCAGCCAGAGCAUGUUAUGAACUUCUUACUUGCUGAAAUGGGAACUAGUGGAUCUCUUGAUGGACAACAAAGAUUGGUUAUUAAGGGAAGGUUUGCUCCUAAGAAUUUUGAGGGGAUCCUGCGAAGAUACAUCAAUGAAUAUGUCAUUUGCAAUGGCUGCAAAAGUCCAGACACUAUUCUUACAAAGGAGAACCGCCUGUUCUUUCUUCGUUGUGAACAGUGUGGCUCUGGGCGGUCUGUUGCUCCAAUCAAGGCUGGUUUUGUUGCUCUUGUUGGCCGCAGAAAAGCUGGAGGGACUUAAUUUCGGUAGUUUUCUCAUCAGGGGUGGUUUUACCCUGGAAUGUCCACAAACUUGCCACCGAGUUUUGCAACAUUCAGUGUUAUGAUUUUGUUUUCAAUUUUGAUCUGUUUCUCUAGAUGGAUUUAUUUACUUCGAUGAGCCUGAAAGCAUUAUAUUCAAGUAUUGUAUGGUGAGCAUUUUAAUAUUUAUAUUUGUAAGAAAACUCAAACAGAACAACCUGUUGAUUUUGUUGAACAUGAGCAGUAACAACCUAUACUUUGGGGUUAGAUGAAUCGAACUGAAAAUGGCAUUCUUUGGA